AUGUCCGAGGGAGAUGACGUACUAGACAGAGAAGUGGCAUUUUACGCCACUGUGCUCACUCCGAUCGUUUUUCUUCAGCAAUAUAGAGACACAUGGUGCCUAUUGGAGAGGUUUCAUAGAUCCAUACGGCUAUACCAAAUCUCGCAUCCGACAGAAAAGCGGCAGGCAUUGAAGAUAUUACAAAAUUUAAGAUCGGUAACCCAGAAGAUUUGUUCGUUUGUUUACGACCUAUCAGGUCCAGCACCGCCAUAUUCCACCACAUCAUCCGAUGUGGAAGACGAUGGAUUACACGACAAGAAAGACAUCAAUUAUUUAAGGGAACUUGUUAAAAAUCUCGGUUAA